UUGUUGUCAUAGACAAUUUUCUUUCGUAGCUUUUUUUUCGACCGCCAAAAUGAAAACAGGUCAUUCAAUUCUGUUUUGACUUUAGCUAACUGAGCUUUAUAGCAAAACAAGGAAGUAAGAGGAUUGUCGGUGGAAAGAUUUUGGACGACGUCUCAAACAGACGUUUGGUUUGAUUCGUUCAACAAUCUCCUUCUGUUAACCCUACUUCGUUCCAGUCGCCUACGUACUAAUUAUAAUCCGCUAAUUAAUCAGUCAGAUUAGCGAUCAAGAUAAGCCGUCAUGUCAUAACUUUAUCACAACUUGUGAGAGAGUUUCAGGGUAAGACUAGUGAUUGAAAACUUGGAAAUGAGGUGGCAUUAAAAAAGAUACAGGAUAGAUACAAGUUUUAAGACGACUAGCAGAUCCAAGAAAGAAUACGACAAAAUGCAAGAAGGUGCCGUGCGGAAGACGACAACAUUCUCUACCGUCUCCAUUUGUCCGAACCCCGCCCAGAAGGUUAAGGACUCUGAGUCUUGUGCUGUUUGCAUUCUAAAUAGCUCCAGGAGGGCUGAUCUUUACUAUAACAACUUUGGAUAUUUUUUCCCAUUAAAUCGAUCACUAAAAGGAAAACUGCGGCAUGACCUUACGCCCUCGGUAUCAAUGACAAUCGAUGAAAACGAGCCGGUAUUCAACACACAAUGAGGCUUAAAGCGGAACUCAAACGCCUUCGGUUCCAAGUCAGAUCUUCCACUAUUGUUGAACUUGACUUCUGUCCAACCUAAACUACUUGCAAGGAAGUAAGUUUAGAGGCGGUUUAUAAAGCAGACUCUGUAAACAUUUGCUGCACGAAACUGGGAAGGACGACCUAUUGCAAGGAUUACGUUUGAAUGGAAUGAACUGAAUCUGGCUUGCUGUUUAUUUACAAUUCUCUUCUCUAGGCGAGCAACUUCUUAAUCCAGUUAUACAAACCGCAGACGUUUGCUGCGACAAUUUUCUCUGUUUACGGGGCGCCUUGAAUUAAAUUCUACAACUAUCACGUGGAACAAUGCAGAGUAGAGGCGAAGCCACUGGCAGACGAAUGUCAUUUCCACAAGACAAUCACGGCCACUUAUUCCAACGAAGCAGGCCUCGGAAUCUUAGCAUUGGGUCAAAUAACAACAUCGAGGAGGAAAAUAGAAUCAUUCGUGCCGCCGUGUUGGGAAAAGAUGGCGUCGGAAAGACAGCUUUUACAGUACGUCUGUUGACACGUCGCUUCAUUGGUGAUUAUGAUGGAACUUUAGGUAAGUUGAAGAUUUGUAAUCAUUACUUCUCGGCAACAAAUUAAAGACACCUUCUGUCGACCACCAUCAGUUCGUGAAACUGCAAGGCAAAUGUGACGUGACCAAAGAACGGGUUAGGUCAAGAUGAUCCAAGUUCUAAGAUACUAACGAUAGCAGUUCUAAGCAAAAAGUUCUGCUCACUAGCUUUUUUCGAGACCGAUUCGGUUAACGUGUUAACAUCCUCGUUACUAUCCAAUUCAGAUCACGUGAUGAUUCAAUUGGAACAAAUGUGCAAUUUGCCACACGCAACGGAUUGCAUGGCAGCAGAUCAUUUUCUCUUGAUGGGAGUAUGUACAAACUGAAUAAUUGUUACCUCUCAAAUGAAUCAUCACGUGGUCUGAAUGGGGCGGCAACAAGGGUGUAAACACGCCAGCCGAAUCCGUCAUUCUGCUAGGCACAUUUAAGUCCAAAGACCCAAAGUGAGAAUUACUAUACACCGUUAGCAUGUCACAAUCAAGUUCUAUGCAUAUGUAAAUGCUGUUCAACAGCUAUUGACACACAGACUUGCACACACAGAAAGUACUGCUCAAUAGCUUUCAAUAGGUCAUGUUCGAUAUAAUAUCAAUAAUCUAACAUCGAUCCGAGGCUUUCGGGUAAAAAUUGCAACUUUGUUAAGUUUCUUUUGUCUCUCAGUUUCCAA